AUGAAAACUUUGCUGCAUUACUUGUUCCUCCUCUGCUUCAAUAUCCUCCUCCCUGCAGUUCAAAGCCAGUGUAUUAAAGACCAGCAACAAUCGUUGCUCCAUUUGAAGAAAAGCCUUCAAUUUGAUCAACCUUCGUACUCAACCAAGGUUAUAUCUGGAAUUCAAGCACCGACUGUUGUUCUUGGGUUGGUGUUACUUGCACUAGUAAUGGGCAUGUUGUUGGUCUUGACCUUAGUAGCGAAACUAUCUCUGGUGGCAUCGACAAUGCGAGCAGUCUCUUCCAUCUUCAACAUCUUCAAAGCCUCAAUCUGGCUGAUAAUGAUUUUGACUAUGGCACUAGCAUUCCAUCAGCAAUCGGAAAGCUUGUGA